AUGGUUGGGAAAGGAGUCGUUGAAGUAAAAGUUGAACCACCAUCUCCUCCUCCACCAAAGCCUCCUCCUCCUCCAAAUCCACCACCACUACCUCCUCCUCCUCCUCCUCCAAAUCCACCACCACUACCUCCUCCUCCAAAUCCAUUCCACCACCCUCCUCCUAUCCCUCCCCCCAAAGUCCUCCUCUCCAAUACCUUCCAAAAUCCACCACCACCUCCUCCUCCUCCCCCAAAGCCUCCUCCUCCUCCAAAUCCACCACCACCUCCUCCUCCUCCACCAAAGCCUCCUCCUCCUCCUCCAAAUCCACCUCCUCCUCCAAAUCCACCUCCUCCUCCAAAUCCACCACCACUACUGCCUCCUCCACCAAAACCUCCUCCUCUUCCUCCUCCUCCGAAUCCACUACCACCACCUUUUCCAAAGCCUCCUCCUCCCCCUCCAAUUCCUAUACCUCCACCCCCUCCGAAUCCACCACCACCACCCUUUCCAAAGCCUCCUCCCCCUCCUCCUCCGAAUCCACCACCACUCCCACCUUUUUCUAAACUUCCUCCAAUUCCUCCCCCACCUCUAUCCCCUCCUCCUCCUCCUCCUCCAUAUCCACCACCACUACCUUUUCCAAAGCCUCCUCCAAAUCCACUACCACCUCCUCCAAACCCUCCACCUUCUUUCCCUCUCUCUUUUCCAAAACCUUUAUCUCCAACGCCUCCAAGUCCCCCACCAAAUAGCCAUCCUCCAACAAACCCACUACCUCCCCCAAGUCUUUCUCCACCAAAUAAACCACCAACUCCCUCUCGGCCAAGUGCACCACUUCCAUCUGCUCUUCCUUCAAACCCGACAUCUCCUCUACAGUCAUAA